UCGCAUCCCUGGAACAGAUGACUACACCCUAAUGGUCCGCCCACCCGUCUAUCUCAAUGAGGUCAUCAUGCAAGUGGUGUCUGAGUACAGCUGGCAGAAGUUCAUCAUCUUCUAUGAUUCUGACUUUGAUAUCCGUGGUAUUGAGGAUUUCCUGGACCGGACCUCUCAGCAGGGAAUGGACGUAUCCCUUCAGAAGGUGGAAUCUAAUAUCAACAUGAUGAUCACAAGUCUGUUCAGAACAAUGCGUGUGGAAGAGCUGCAUCGCUACAGGGAUACACUACGCAGGGCCGUGCUGUUCAUGAGCCCAGCUACUGCCAAGGCUUUUAUCACUGAGGUGGUGGAGACCAACCUGGUGGCCUUCGAUUGUCACUGGAUCCUGAUUAAUGAGGAGAUCUCAGACUACGACUUGCAGGAGUUAGUCAUGAAGUCGAUCGGUCGGCUGACGUUGGUGCGCCAGACGUUCCCUAUGCCCCAGAACACAACUCAGCGCUGUGUCAAACACAACCACAGGAUUAACACUUCGCUAUGUGACCCUAAAAACCCCAAGUCUCACCAGCUAGAGAUUACCAACCGCUACAUCUAUGAUACGGUGUUGCUGCUGGCCAACACCUUCCAUAGAAAGCUGGAGGAUAGGAAGUGGCACAGCAUGGCCAGUCUGAGCUGCAUCAGGAAGAACUCCAAACCGUGGCAGGGAGGCAAGAGCAUGCUGGAUACUGUCAAAAAGUUUGGAGUGAGCGGACUCACCAGUUUCCUGGAGUUCAGUGACAAUGGCUCGAACCCUAACAUCUUCUUUGAAAUCCUGGGAACAAAUUAUGGAGAAGACAGGGGACGCGGAAUCAGUAGGCUGGCAACGUGGGACCCAGUUCAUGGCUUGAAUGGCACUCUGACAGACAGGAAAUUGGAAAAUAACAUGAGAGGAGUGGUGUUACGAGUUGUCACUGUUCUGGAGGAGCCGUUUGUAAUGGUGUCAGAGAAUGUUCUAGGAAAACCAAAGAAGUACCAGGGCUUUUCUAUUGAUGUCCUGGAUGCUCUGUCCAACUACCUGGGCUUUAAGUAUGAGAUCUACGUCGCUCCAGACCACAAGUACGGCAGCUUGCAUCCUGACGGUCAGUGGAAUGGAAUGAUGGGCGAAUUGGUCUUUAAGCGAGCCGAUGUGGGACUUUCAGCCCUGACCAUCACGCCUGAGCGAGAGAGCGUUGUGGACUUCACCACACGCUACAUGGAUUAUUCGGUGGGCGUUUUGCUGCGCAAGGCGGAACGCACUGUGGACAUGUUUGCCUGCCUGGCACCCUUCGACCUGUCACUGUGGGCGUGCAUUGCGGGCACCGUGCUCCUCGUUGGCAUCCUGGUGUACUUGCUCAACUGGCUCAACCCACCCCGGCUACCCAUGGGAUCUGUGUCCCCGACAACACUGUACAAUUCCAUGUGGUUCGUGUAUGGCUCCUUUGUACAACAAGGUGGAGAGGUGCCCUACACCACUCUAGCAACAAGGAUGAUGAUGGGCAUUUGGUGGAUGUUUGCUCUUAUUGUCAUCUCCUCGUAUACCGCCAACCUAGCAGCCUUCCUCACCAUCUCACGCAUAGAGAACUCCAUACAGUCUCUCCAGGACUUAUCAAAGCAGACAGAGUUGCCUUAUGGUACAGUGUUGGACUCCGCAGUAUACGAUCAGGUGCGCUCCAAGUCUAUGAACCCCUUUGAGAGAGAUCCCAUGUACUCCCAGAUGUGGCGGAUGAUUAACCGCACCGGAGGAGGAGAUAAUAACGUUGAGGAGUCAAAGGAAGGCAUUCGCAAGGUGAAGUACGGUCGGUUUGGCUUUGUGUGGGAUGCAGCCGUGCUGGAGUACGUUGCUAAUAGUGACGAGGACUGUUCGUUCUACACCGUCAGCAGCACCGCACCAGACCGUGGAUAUGGUAUCGCCAUGCAGCACGGCAGCCCCUACAGGGACAUUUUCUCCCAGAGAAUCUUGGAGCUCCAGCAGAACGGUGACAUGGAUAUACUGAAAGUCAAGUGGUGGCCCAAGGACAGCCCCUGCGACCUCUAUAGCUCAGUCCAAACACGACAGCGCGGCAGCGCCCUGGACAUCCACAGCUUUGCCGGCGUUUUCUGCGUCCUGGCAGCCGGCGUGGUGCUCUCCUGCCUCAUUGCCAUGGUGGAAAGCUGGUGGUCACGGAGGAAGGGAUCCAGGGUCCCCUCCAAGGAGGACGAUAAGGAGAUCGACCUGGAGCACCUACACCGCCGGGUUAACAGCUUGUGCACCGAGGAUGAAAGCCCCCACAAGCAGUUCUCCACCUCUUCCGUCGAUUUAACACCCCUUGACAUGGAUGCGCUGCCUGCCGCACGCCAGGCCCUCGAGCAGAUCAGCGAUUUCCGCAACACCCACAUCACCACCACCACCUUCAUCCCUGAGCAGAUCCAGACCCUUAGCCGCAGCCUCUCUGCCAAAGCCGUUGCUGGAUUUUCCGCUGGUUUCGGUAGCGGUGGCGGGGGCGUCCUCCAGGACCACCGAACUGGUGGGGUGGGCCCUUUCAGGCAGAGGGCCCCCAACGGUGGCUUCUUCCGCAGCCCCAUUAAAACAAUGUCCUCCAUCCCCUACCAGCCCACAGGUCCAGGACCCAACUUUGGAUAUGGCAAUGAUCCAGACAGGGGCACCUCUAUAUGAAGAGUUGCUAAGGAUACGAUUGGUUGAGGAGGAAGAGUAGGAGGAGGAGCAGAAGGAGGUGAGGUGGCUACGGUCGGUCGUGGGAUGGUAGAACAAAUACAUUAUGGCUAAGCUAAAAAGUCAGAGGAUAUAGAUGUGUACAUAGGGAUCUUAAUGCUUUCAGUUUCUGUUUGGGUGUUUCCAGGGGGGGUCCAUUUUGUAUGUGGAGAAGACGAAGGAGGUGGAGGUCUAUUGGGGUGUUCCUUAUCCUCCUGCAAACCAUGUUGGUGAGGUGCAAAAAGGGAAGGGGGCUUGAAUCUUUGCUUUAUUGUUGUUGUUCUUGUGAUUGUUUGGGGGAUUAUUUUUAGGGAUAUGUGUGAAAGGGGAACUUUUUUAUUGCUUCUGUUUUAUGAUAUGAGGACUGCCUCAUGUAAUGGAGAUCUGCUGAAAUGACCUGAUUAUUAUUAUCUAAACCCCACCUCGGAGGGUUUAGUUUAUACUACUGCAACCACAGGAAACACUUCUAUAUUCCUGUGAGCUCCAGGACUGCCAUUGGUGGAUGACUGGUGUUGUUGUGAGCCAAUAAACAACUCCAAGGGGGUCACACUAAUAAGCAAUUAUUGAGUUAGGCCUAUAUAACAAUAGUUUUGUCCGUAGUCCUGGGAAUACAUACAGCAGCCCCUUGUAGUUUUGAAAAGGCCCCAUCUAAGUGAAUAUCGGAAGAUUUCACUUCUCCAGUUUUACUCUGCCUUUUCGCUAUGUGGGAGUCCAUACUGAGUUUCCUCUUCUCUGGUGUCGUUUCACCAAUACCUGGGGUUCUAAAUGUGUUAUCAUCUCCAAGGUGGUGUCCACACGGUGGCCUGACUAGACCUAAGACAUUACAGCUGAACACAUGCUGACCCCAUCACAGUGCAUCGUUCUGAAACCUGCUGAAAUGCCAUGACAGUGCAACAAUAUGACACUGGAUCACCAGUUUGGUGUGUUGAUCUAAAACUAUUUCUGCCAUUUUGGUGCAUCAGCCUGAAACAGUUUUCACCACGUUGAUGCACAUUAAAGACUCUUUAUCAACCCCACUGCACUGUACCAGUGCCCACAGACCUGUAAGUGAUUGUAUGUAGAUCUGAGCUUUUCUUUUCUCACCUGUACUGUGCUAUCUGCUUUUCAAGUCAAGGUGAGAUCCUCUAAUCAGACUCUCAGAGGGAUAGUAAAAAGGGAUGAUACAAAAAACAACCUAAAGAAAAGAAAACAUGAAAUACAAGCCGAAAGACUUCAAAAAGCUAAUGCUUAUUAUAUGUCUUUUAUUGAAUUUUGUUUUUGAAGAAAAAUAAUAGAUUUUAAUGCGUGGAAUGUGUUUUGGUCAGGAAGUACAAAAAAAAAUAACAUUGUUCUGAGCUGUCUACUUGUUUUUUUCUCUCAGCAAACUUUGAAAAACUGCUAAAUGAGUGCUGUAGUCUCUGGUUUUGCAUCAUUAAGUCAUUCAAACUUUUACUUUGGAUUUUUCUUUGUUUUGCUUAAAUUUACUGAUGCCAUAGCCCGAGUGUUUAAAAGAUAAAAGCUCAUUCUGUAAGGUCAUGUCAUGUUCCGAGUUCAUUAAUCACUUCUUAUCAGGUUCAAGUGGUGAGCAUGUAUUUUGUGUUGAGGAGAAGCCAUUGCAACACCAUCUUCAGUACAGGCCUUAUAUGUCAACUAGCUAGUACCCUCCCGACUUCCAGUCAAACCCAAGAAAUCAUAAGUACUGGUGGAAACAUUGUAGAGCAGCAAAUCAGUGUUUGUGCUUUAGGGUCAUGGGAAUGUCACGAAGAGUCAACAGCCAUCGGAACCCAAUGGCUGCCUGUAUGAGAUGAGAAAUACACUUCUAUUUCAUAUCUGUAACGUUAAGGGUACUGUUUAUAUAACUUGUUUUUUUAAAGUGCCAAUUAAUUAAAAGGAGACCAUUAAGGUGCAUUUAGGGGUGGGGAAGGGUAAUGGUGCAUUAAGAGCAUUAAAGGAAUAUUUUGUGGAUUAGGGGGUGGGGUGGAAAAAUGGAACCAAAUCUUUUUCACUAACACUGUAUUAAUAAUUGAUAAUGGUAGUUGUUUAGAACAAGUUUUCAGUUUGUUAUCUUUAAGAACUAAACCCGCAAAAUGUUGUGCGUAGAAACUCAGUCAAGCCACAGUGUUUUGAAGCAAGCAUUCUUAGGCAUUCUUUUCUUAUAUUAGGCUACAGUAUGGCUAUUGAAUGACAAAUAGGACACAGACAUUUAAAAGGUUUUAUUUAGUAUAAAUGAAAGAGACAUUAUAAAAAUGUAUAUUUUACAUGUCGAUGCUAUUUUUGUUUAACAAAAACAAAAGAGUAUAUCAUGAUGAGCUUUAGUGUUGAGUUUAGCAGUCACAUUACAGCAUUUGGUUUUCCCUUGUUCUGCCCAUGGUCAACAUAAACACAAACUCUUUGCUUUUCUCAUGUCAUCCUGAGUUCAUUUUAUUAUUUGCUGGUUAAAUGACUAAAAGUGGCAAGUUGAUUAAAAAGAAAGCAUGCACAAACUUGCUCUUGUGCUAUCUGUUAACAUUUUUUUAAUUUCAUACAUAGAACUACAAGAUUUACUUAAUAAUUUUGAAAAAUUUAUGAUGUACAGUAUUUAAUAUAGGCCUAUUUUGUUGUAUGUGUUGCAUAUUAUUCAAAAAUCUGAACAAACUGGGGCAUCUGUUACAAGUGGCAAAGCUUUCUGUGUAUAAUUUGUCUAAUAAACAGGUUUUCUACAGUGGGAUGGUA